AGCAACCGUCUGCAUCGCGCGCAGCUCUCGAAACGAUUUCGAAGCCCCACAAGUACAGACCCCUUUGAAGGAUAUAUAGUAUACCCAUCUCCACAGGCGCCGCCAAGUCGCGUUCCGCGUCUCUAAAGGAUUCCCAUAAACAUUCCAAGAAAACAAUGUCAGCGGUGCCGAUUAAAGCCCUCCUCGCUGGUGUUUUCCUGCUGGCCAAUGCCUGGCACAUCACAGCUGGAAAUGAGCAGCGUGAGAAACAGCACUUACAGUGCUGGCACUGCAGCUCGGACACCAUUGGAGCGGAGGACUUCUGCGAUGUGACCUUCCAGGAGGACAAUAUACCCACUGACCUGAUCAAGGAGCGGAACAUCAAUCUGCUGAGGAGCUGCAACAGCACCAUCAACUCCGAUCACGAGCGGGCCGUUUGCCGCAAAACGGUGGAGGAGAAUAACGGCAAACUGAUCACCAAGCGGUUCUGCUACUAUACCAACAAGUCGGAUCCGGUGGAGCUGUGCAACAUCACCAGUCCGGAGAAGAAUGUGCGGCGGAUAUUCUGCCAGGACUGUCUCACCGAUCGCUGCAAUGGAGCCUUCACAGGAGCCUACAUGUUGGAGAUCAUGCUGCUCCUGCCCAUUUUGGCCCUAAUCCAUCAGUUGGCCAUCUAAGCGAAACAUCUCUCUAUUGUAUUUUAGUUGAAACGUGAUAUUUUGCCUGGCCUUACGGGCCGAGCUAUGGCUGAUUAACGUUUACGUUUAGCUCGAUUUAACUUAGUUUUUGGGGACACUGUUCUCCCCCCCUCAUUAGCUUACAUUCAGAUUGAAAUUUAAGGUUCGUUUAUAAGUUUAUGAUUUGCCUGGCCGAGUGCCAAAUGUUUGCCAAGCUCAAAGCCCGAUUAAUUCAAGAUAAAACCAAUUCAGAGUAUAAAUAAAUACAAGUAUAACAAAACAAAUCCAAUUACAAAAGAUUAAGUAAAUGAAACAAUAAUCAGUAGAGUUUAAACUCGCAAGCACAGUAAAUACCCACUAAAUAGUCUAUGUACAACAUGAUAUUUUAUUGUAAAGAACACAAGCCUUCACCUAUGUAAUUAUCUCAGACGCUAGACAAACAAAACCAAUUAAAAUCAAAGUAUUAAAGCACUAAAACAUACAAAACA